GCCGAGAGCCAUUUCUUACUUCUGUGAAGGUGUGCUAAACUAAGCCCGCAUGGUGAAGUACUCAAGAGAGCCCGAUAAUCCCACCAAGUGUAAGUUCUAUUUGAUUUUAUUGCUUCACAUUGGUUUAUUGUUUGCUGGUAUUUAUGGAUUCGACGUUUGUGCUUUUCGUCUCCUAAACGAAGCCGUUUAAGGUCUCAAUUUGAGCGUAUUGUUAUUUUUUCAAAUGCAGCGUGCAAGGCUAGAGGUGCUGACCUUAGACCUUAUAUUUAACACAUUUAAAAUGAAGGAAUACAUUUUAACAUUAAAAAACUGUAAAUUUUAUCUACUGUACAUAACACAUAGCUUCCUACAUUCUUAAUUACUAUUAUUAUUAUGUUUAAUCAACAUAAUUGUAUCAUAAUUAAUAUUAUUUUUCAUUGAAUAAUUAGUCAUUACUCAAAAAAAUACAGGGAACAACUUAAGCUAAGAGAAGCUCAUCACGAAGAAGUGCAUCUUCGUGCACUGCACAUUUUCCCGACAGAAUUAGAUAGGUAGAGAGAAAGAACGAAAUUAUGAAAAUGGGUAUCACAAGAAAGCACCUCGUAGCAGAAGCAACAGAAGAAGAUAACAUAUUAAUUAUUUAAAACACCGCAAAACAAUUUGAAGACGAAGAAGAAGAAAAGAACAGAAACAUGUAUGGAAAAGUGAUUCUUUCAUUCAUUUUCGUGCUGUUACUCAUUCUUUCUUACUCAAUUUUCAUUGGCACAAUCGACAUUCGAUCUUACUUCAACCCCAACUUAAAGUCAUCAGCGGGUGCACCCGCUCCAUGUGCACCCGACCCACCCCUUCGUGUCUACAUGUACGAUCUUCCUCGCCGAUUCAAUGUCGCCAUGAUUGAUCACCGGAACAAGGCGGAAACUCCCGUCAUCGCCCGCGACUUUCCGCCGUGGCCGGACAAUUGGGGGCUUAAAAAGCAGCACAGCGUGGAGUACUGGAUGAUGGGCUCGCUCCUUCACAGUGACGAGGGCAGAGAAGCGGUUAGGGUUUUGGAUCCGGAACUCGCUGAUGCGUUCUUUGUGCCUUUUUUCUCUUCCUUGAGUUUCAACACGCAUGGCCACACCAUGACGGAUUCGGCCACGGAGAUUGAUCGCCAAUUGCAGGUUGAUCUAUUGGAAUUCUUAAAGAAAUCCAAAUACUGGCAAAGGUCUAGAGGUAGAGACCACGUAUUUCCCAUUACACACCCAAAUGCCUUUAGGUUCCUACGAGAUCAAUUGAAUGAGUCUAUUCAGGUUGUCGUGGAUUUUGGCCGUUACCCCAAAGGCAUGUCUAAUUUGAACAAAGAUGUAGUGACCCCAUACGUCCAUGUUGUGGAUUCUUUUACACAUGAUGAGUCUCAAGAUCCGUAUGAGUCUCGCUCCACACUGCUUUUCUUCCGAGGGAGGACUUUCAGGAAGGAUGAUGGCAUUGUUCGUGUUAAACUAGCAAAGAUAUUGUCUGGUUAUGAUGAUGUUCACUAUGAGCGAAGUGUUGCUACUGGAGACAACAUAAAAGCGUCGUCUAAAGGGAUGCGUUCAUCAAAGUUCUGUUUGCAUCCAGCAGGAGACACACCAUCAUCUUGCCGUCUUUUUGAUGCCAUUGUGAGCCACUGUGUUCCUGUCAUUGUGAGCGAUCAAAUUGAACUCCCAUUUGAGGAUGAGAUUGACUACUCCCAGUUCUCGAUUUUCUUCUCUUUCAAAGAGGCAUUACAGCCUGGCUACAUGGUCGAUCAGCUUCAUAGAUUUCCAAAGGAGAAAUGGACUGAAAUGUGGAGGCAGCUUAAAAACAUCUCCCAUCAUUAUGAAUUCCAGUACCCUGCAAAAAGAGAAGAUGCUGUUAAUAUGCUGUGGAGACAGGUCAAGCACAAGCUUCCAGGGGUCAGACUUUAUGUUCAUAGAAGCCGGAGGUUAAAAAUCCCAGAUUGGUGGCGGAAGAGAUGAUUUUUAGACUUUCAUGUUCUUGUACAUUCACUCUCUUCAGUUGCGGAGAUGAUUCCUGAGAAGGAUGAAUAUCAUUUGAAAUUGAGAUUCUCUCUUAUUCAUCAUAUUCUUCUCUCUAUUUUUUUUUUACAAUUUUACUCUCAUUUUAUAACAAGAAGUUAUUUAUUAUGUACAGUAGAUAAAAUUUACAGUUUUUUAAUGUUAAAAUGUAUUCCUU